AUGGCAGAUGAAGAAAUUUCUAUUAAUCGUGAGAUGUAUCAACGUCUCAUUGGCCGACUACUUUAUCUAACAUACACUCGACCGAAUAUCUCAUAUGCAGUGAGUAUAUUGAGCCAAUUUAUGCAUCAACCUAAAGAGUGUCAUUUACAUGCUGCCUACCGAGUGCUACAUUAUUUGAAAGGCACACCAGGAAAAGGGGUUCUUUUUAAACGAAGUGGAAAGGUAGAGGUUGAGAUGUUUACAGAUGCUGAUUAUGCAGGCUCAACGAUUGCUCGAAGGUCAACCUCCGGUCAUCUUACUUUUGUUGGUGGCAACCUUGUCACUUGGAGGAGUAAAGCAUAG